AUGUUGUUUCGUUCUCUCGUCGCUGCUUUUGGCCUUGGGCUGGCCCUUGAAGUUGUUGCAAGUCCUCUUUUGCGCGACAAAGCCCCAGGCAAGCGUGAUGUUCCCAACACGCACACGCUCCAUGAACGGCACAAGCCUCGCAUAACCCAACAUUGGACUAAGAGAGAAAGAUUGUCUCCCAAGACUGUUUUGCCGAUGCGUAUCGGCUUGAAGCAGCGCAACUUAGAUGCGGGGCAUACUAGACUUAUGGAAAUCUCUACCCCAGGUUCCACCCAUUACGGCAAACACAUGACCUCGGAGGAGAUUAUCGACUUCUUUGCUCCUGCGCAGUCCAGUGUGGAUGCUUGGAUUCAAUUUGAUGCUGCGGCCGAAGAGGCUGAAGACCUUCUCAUUACCGACUUCUAUUUCUGGGAGGACAGCACAGGCUCGCACAGAGAUAUUGCCUGUGACGAGUAUCAUGUUCCCACCCAUAUCCAGGAACACAUUGACUAUGCUACUCCGGGCAUCAGAAUGCGAGAAAAUGGAGCCUUGAAGCGAAAGCUCAAGAAGCGCAGAGAACAGGUCCCCGGACUUAGGGACGGCCCAAUUGCUGAGAACAACAUUGCUUAUAUAAGUGCUGCCAACGACAUCCCUGGCGUGAACUCCACCACUUGCAGCACGGUUAUUACUGCUGAUUGUAUCCGCGUUCAGUACGGCGUCGUCAAUGGCACGACUGCUGCCCCUGGAAAUGAGCUGGGAAUUUUUGAAGCCCUAGACGAUCAUUAUAGUACAGCUGAUCUUGAUCAGCUCUUGGCGAAUCUGUAUCCAUACCUUGAUAUCCCGGCAGGGACAUAUCCCGAAAACCGACUUGUUGAUGGCGCCAUUGGGUCUUAUGAAGACAUCGUGGCCACUCUCGGUCCUGACUGGACCAGUAUUGGAGCGGAAUCUACUUUAGACUUCCAGGCCUCCAUCCCGCUUAUAUGGCCCCAGACAACCGUCUUGUUCCAGACAGAUGAUGAGUACUGGGAGAUUGUUGGAUCUGAAGGUUUCUUUAACACCUUCCUUGAUGCUAUUGAUGGCAGUUACUGCACAUACAGCGCAUUUAACGAGACCGGCGAUUGCACCGACCCAUCAUGCGCCGAUCCUUUCUACCCAAACACCAAUUAUCCUGCGCCUAUAGGAUAUCAAGGACAGCUGCAAUGUGGCGUGUACAAGCCUACUAAUGUGAUAUCUAUUUCUUAUAGCGCCAUUGAAGAUCUUCUUCCCAAUAACUACCAGUACCGCCAAUGCAACGAGUAUCUGAAGCUUGGUUUGCAGGGGGUUACCGUUGUUAUAUCCUCAGGCGAUGAUGGCGUUGCCUCUCACUUGGGUUGUAUCGGCUCUAACGAGGAGCCCACUGUAGGGACUAUAUUCACACCAUCCUUCCCCCAGACGUGCCCUUAUAUCCUCACUGUUGGCGGUACCGAGCUGAGGCGGCCGGACCCUAGUGCACCCCCGGUUGAGUGGGAGAUACUCGAAGAGGUUGCUACUACUCAAUUUCCCAGUGGUGGUGGUUUCAGCAACAUCCAUGAAGUCGCCGAUUAUCAGAAGGAUGCCAUUCAGGCGUACUAUGAUCAGGUGCAGGCUUCGUUGCCAUUUAGCUCAUACAACCAGAUCAUUGUCAACGGCAGCUUCGACAACAUCACAGACGUCAAUCAGGUGUAUAACAGUGGUGGCCGAGGCUAUCCAGAUGUGGCGGCUGUGGGAGAGAAUCAGAUUAUUGUCUAUGGAGGAGACUAUUACACAAUUGGCGGGACCUCGCUUUCGGCUCCUCUUUGGGGUUCUAUACUGACUCUCAUCAACGAGAAGCGCAUUGCUGCAGGCAAGAGCACGCUUGGAUUUGUGAAUCCAGCUCUGUAUGCGCAUCCGGAGGCAUUUAAGGACAUCACUGAGGGCAAUAACGACGGCUGUAGCUCUCCUGAUGAAACAACUCUUUGGGGUUUCCCCGCCGCUGCCGGAUGGGAUCCAGUGACAGGACUAGGAUCUCCAAACUUCACUGCUCUUGAAACGGUUUUAGUUGGUCUUUAG